AUGGAGUUCAUGUCCGCCCUCUCCACCAACUAUGAUGACCAGAAGCCCUCUCUCUUCGAAAUCCUCUCCGAAAACGAACUUUCCGCCCUCAUCCCCCCCUCCCUCCGAUAUCUCCUUGCGGUAGCAACCCAUCGCAACCCGCGCUAUCUCCUCCCACUCCUCAACAACUUCGACGAACUCUACUCCGUCCUCUCCUUGGCUGUAGAACGCUUCUACCUCCGUACCUAUGGCGGAAGCUUCACCGAGAACUUCUAUGGCCUCAAACGCGAACGGGUGCUAAGGAUCAAAGGCGGAGAAUCCCCACGCGCGCGACUUGGUGCGCAGAGAGAGGUCAGAGAGACGUUGGCGCUGAAGGAUGGCGAUGUCUGGAGGAAUCUGGCAGUCAUUGUAGGAAUACCAUAUCUGAAAAGAAAAUUGGACGAGAGUUAUGAUAUCCACGCUUCGGGAAUCAAUCUAUUGGGACCUGCCUACCGAGAUCGAGAAGCCUACCCCAGUUCUAUGAAACUAAAGGACAAAGUCAUGUGGUUGUAUAAAUGGUUUUUGAGGAAAUGCUAUCCUACUGUGAAUGCCGCAUACUAUUUCAUGAUGUUGGCGUUCAAUUUGGCGUAUUUGUUCGAUGGGACGAAAUAUCACAGUCCGUUCAUGUGGAUCCUGGGAACGAGGAUCAGAAGGUUGAAUAGCGCGGAUCAUAAGGCUAUUGCGCUCACAUUGGAAGGAGGAGUUCCUGCUGCCGCGAGACCGGGAUUGUCGACGACCACGAGCAUCUUCUCUCCAAGGACCAUGUCGAGACUUCUACAGCCCAGAAUUGUGACGGCGUUGAAGCUGUUGCUGCCUACAAGUAUUUUUGCGCUCAAAUUCUUGGAAUGGUGGCACAAUUCGGACUUUUCAAGACAGCUGAGCAAAAAGGCGAAUGAGGGAUUGGAAUUGCCUCCGCCCACCAUCAGUGGAAUGCCGAGAAUCGCAACGACUACGAAGCUGAAGAAGGACAGCGAGGAGAAGGCGAAGAACAGCGACAGUAGACGAGACAGUGCAAUCGAUGGCCCACCUAUAUCAGCUACAAGUAUGCUACCUAUAUUGACAGUCCCGCCACCUCAUUCCGACACCAACAGUGGCGUGGAUGACGAUACGUCUUCCCUAUGUCCAAUCUGCGUCCAACCAAUCCAGACUCCUUCGGCUGCUCAGACGGGUUAUGUGUACUGCUACACUUGUAUAUACAAGUGGAUUGAUGGAACACAUCCGCGUCAAGAAGCCUUUAUGGAGGGAUCAGGGGAAGAAGAAGGCGCAAAGGGAUGGGUCGAAGAGGGAGGUGGCAGUCGCAGGGAGAAGUGGGAGAGUGGAGUUGGGAGAGAUGCUGUCACAGGUAGGAGGGUAUUGGGAGGUACGAGUGGUAUUAGGAGGGUCAUCGUGUGAGCGAAUAUACCCAACUACCUGAGACUUGUCGAGGGUUGGGGCCAGCCACGCAGAAGAUGGUGCUCGGAGCAUACUUGACACCACCGUCUACAUCCACACUCGAUAUCUCACCGUUACGAAGCCGAAUUCUGGACGGUGUCCAAAAUUGCCGCGCUUUGCAGAAAGCGGACCUCAGCGCACGAGAACCCACUGCCGGUGAAUUGCCGAAGAUCCCCACGGCUAUACGGUACACGGCGCGCGAGCGAACAUACCUCCUAGGUGGUACCUGCAUAGCCUGCACGUCUAAGAUGCGAUUUCGCAGGUCCUCGUCACAAACAACACUAGACCGUUGAUGUCUACAGUUUACAACGUACAAAAUCAAAGCUACAGCCUACAGUGCCUGGCGAAAGUCCCUCUUCGCCGAAGAAGCUGACGCCCAGCUACUUGCAAGCGGCACUGGCCCUCGCACCCGCGUUCGUCUCGACAUGGGUGCUUUUGAAAAGGAUUCCUACCUUCUCUUGAGCAAAUUUCUCCCCAGAAGCUCGUGAAGCUCUAUCAAUAUCUCCUAGCGGUUUUGCCCGAAGCGGCACAGCCACACAGCCACUUGGAAACUCUGAUAGAAUUCUUAAUGAUUCGGAUUCUGCUCGGCAAUCCCGCAGGAUUGGUGCAAUCCUCGUCACUACAAUCUGCAUCCAAACUCAUCCUAUCAUUAAUCAAUCCCAACUGGCAUCGGGAAACCACAGAUCAAAAAGUCGCCGUCCAAGCCUGUCGACGAGCCCGCGAGGCCUGGAAAUUCAUUUCCUCGAAAGUCGAUGAUGAGUAUCUCUGGGCGAGAAUGUCGCUUUCAAUGCAGGGUGUUGCUCAUGCGCAUGCAGAGAAGUUGGUGGAUAAUGUCUUGGGUGAUAGAUUCGCUGGGUUGUAGUAGUAUAAAAUAGAUUGUCCAUCAGUGUCCGUAACAGUGGAAGCUUCACACUGGCUCUCCAACAACACUGCUUACCACAGAGCCCCACGUGAAGUUUCGGUAUACAGUAGAGCUGAGCCCAGAUCAAAGACG